UUUGUUUUGUUUUUGUAUUGAAGAGCAAUGGGGAACUGUGGAAAAAAAUCUGGCAUGGAAAAGCAGUGUAAAUGAGGGAGGGCAUGCAAUGCCUGUUUGCACUUGAAAUUCCUCUCCUGAUUAGACGUAGAAAGGCAAUUUUUGCAGAAGGGAAAGGCCUGAGCUCGAACUGCAGAGCCUGCAGCCACGGGGGAGGGAGGAGGCGAGGAGUGCAGCGCUCGGGUCUGGCAGCUCCUGCGGAGCCAGGACGCAAGCUGCCGCUGCCUCGAGUCAGCCCAAAGUCAUCCGGCAGAGCAGGGAGCUGCGCUGCAGUACAGCCCUCCUCCCCGCACCUGCUGCACGCAGCGGCGCUGGCUGCCAUCGCCUGGCGUGGGAGCAGGAGGCAGAGUGGAGCAUCCCCGCGUGUAGGCACGUCUUCCUCGCAGCAGCACGGGGUCUUGCUGGCAAGGAUGUACUCAUGCCGCAUCUGACGUCCUUCUCCCACGAGAGCUCCUGGUGGUUCGAAGGCGAGCGAGUAAGGAGCCCACGCCGACGUCAGGGAUAUAAAAGGCGCUUGGAGAGGAAUCCGUGAUGGACAGAGAGCCUUUAAGGCGAAGGGGCCACUAUUUCUGCUCCUCAGCUGCAGGGCUUGUAGGAGCCACCGAGGAGCAUUGCGUCCCAGAGGACCCUUCAGUGGCCUUUCGGGUAUUAUUCUCCCCUUUCUCCUUGCACAUCGCAGAGCACUGACCUUGUCCUGUGAAUCUGGAGUCUCUGCCUCCCGUUCUGGCCAGGAGGAAGGAAUCUUUCUGCAUCUCUCUGUACCGGCACUUCAGUCUGAAUGGAAGAUAGAUCUUUCUGCUGAAACUCUUUUGUUGUGACAUUGUAUAAGAGACGGUUGUCUCACCGCAGGAAAUAAACGAAAGGAAACAGAGAGACGGAAGGAAAUUGUUCCCCAAAGCCAAACUGAAGCGGGGAAGUGAACAUUAAAAUUACUUCAGGCUCUCUCUGGCAGCGAGAAGACUGUUCAUCUCUGGCUGCAGAGGAAAAUGCACUGCUUCAAAACUCCUCAGCAGUCAGUGAGGAUGAGCAGUCGCGUUGUUUCUGGAUGCAGCUGCUAAAGGAGAUCUCUGCAGGGCCGUGGGGCUCCGGCCUGUAUGAUGCCUGAAGACAGAAAUGCCGGAGUCCGCAGCCCUGGUGCCUUAGCGGCACCUCCUUUCCUCCCUAAAACUACUUACAGGAAAAUUAAGCGGUGCUUUAGUUUCCGUAAAGGUAUUUUUGGCCAGAAGCUAGAAGACACUGUCCGGUACGAGAAGCGAUAUGGGAACCGCCUGGCUCCCAUGCUGGUGGAGCAGUGUGUGGAUUUCAUCCGACAGCGGGGGCUGAAGGAAGAAGGCCUCUUCCGACUGCCUGGGCAGGCUAAUCUUGUCAAGGAGCUCCAGGAUGCAUUUGACUGUGGAGAGAAGCCUUCUUUUGACAGCAAUACAGAUGUGCACACGGUGGCAUCACUGCUGAAGUUGUACCUAAGGGAACUCCCAGAGCCAGUCAUACCGUAUGCAAAAUAUGAAGAUUUUCUUUCCUGUGCCAAAAUGCUCAGCAAGGAAGAAGAAAUGGGCCUGAUAGAAUUGGUGAAGCAAGUGAAGAGCCUGCCGGUUGUCAAUUAUAAUCUGCUGAAAUACAUCUGUAGAUUCCUGGAUGAAGUCCAGUCUUAUUCAGGCGUAAACAAAAUGAGCGUGCAAAAUCUGGCUACUGUUUUUGGCCCCAACAUUCUCCGCCCUAAAGUGGAAGAUCCUUUGACUAUCAUGGAGGGUACAGUAGUAGUCCAGCAGUUAAUGUCAGUGAUGAUAAGCAAACAUGAAGAGCUGUUUCCCAAGGAUACAGACCCUGAGGUGGGACCCGAGGUGUGCAACAAUAACAAUGAAAUGCCAAAGAAAGGAACUGUUGGACAGCUACAAAACAAAGAGAACAAUAACACAAAGGAGACAGCAGUGAGGCGCUGCUCUUGGGACAAACCUGAGUCUCCCCAAAGGGGAAGCAUGGACAGUGAGUCUCCAACUGCGCUGCCAGGCAGCAAGACCAAUAGCCCCAGGAACAGUGUCCAGAAAUUAGAUGUCACCAGAAGCCCACCACUCAUGGUGAAAAAAAAUCCUGCUUUUAAUAAAGGCAGUGGCAUAGUCACCAAUGGGUCAUUCAGUAGCUCUGUGGAGAGCCAUGAGAAGAGCCAGACCGUACCAAACUGCACCCUGCAAGCCAGGAGAACAUCUUCCCUGAAAGGAUCGGUGACUAAGAUGGGCACACAAAGCAUGCAGAAUGGAGGUGUGAGGAUGGGAGUUUCUAGCACCGAUGGGCUCACCAACACCCUCAAUAACCGAAGCCCGGGCUGGGCACCCAAUGGCAGUGUCACGAUGAGGGACAACAAGCAGAAGGAGUCAGUGAGUGAGUCGGGUCAGCAUAACAGGCUCUCCACCUAUGACAAUGUCCACCAGCAAUUCUCCUCGGUGAAUUCUGAUGACAAACAGAGUGUGGACAGUGCUACUUGGUCAACAUCCUCCUGUGAAAUAUCCCUCCCUGAGCACUCUAACUCCUGUCGUUCAUCCACCACCACCUGCCCUGAGCAGGACUUCUUUGCGGGUAACUUUGAAGACUCUGUGCUGGAUGGACCACCACAGGAAGACCUCUCUAACACGGGUGACUAUGAGAACAAAAGUGACCGAAGGAGCGUGGGGGGCCACAGCAGCAGAGCCACCAGCAGCAGUGAUAACAGUGAAACGUUCGUUGCCAACAGUACUAACAAUCAUAGUGCUCUGCAUAGCCUGGUGUCCAGCUUGAAGCAAGAGAUGGCCAAACAAAAACUCGAGUAUGAGACAAGGAUAAAAAGCUUGGAACAGAGAAAUCUCACCCUGGAGACAGAGAUGAUAGCCCUGCAUGAAGAGCUGGAUCAAGAGCGGAAGAAGUUCACAAUGGUAGAAAUCAAAAUGCGUAAUGCAGAACGGGCCAAAGAGGAUGCAGAGAAGAGGAACGACAUGCUGCAGAAGGAAAUGGAGCAGUUUUUCUCUACUUUUGGAGAACUGACAGUGGAGCCUCGCCGACCAGAAAGGGGCAACACCAUCUGGAUCCAGUGAGCAUUGGAGGCUUUGACUGGGGGACUCUGGGGAAAGGCUUAGGGGUAUUAUACUGCAUCAGGUGGCUGGUCACCUGUCUGUCUGAGGCUAGCACUCAACAUAAUGUUAUAGACUCUUGAAGGAAGAAGUCUUACAUAUGUUAACCACUCAUAUCUUCAGUGUGUACUUAUCGAGUCAUACUCUUUGGAUGCUUCAUGAGACUACUGUCAAGUGUUACAACUGGAUAUGUGUAUAUAAAUUUAAAAAACAACAAAAAAAACCAAAACAUCUUAGAGAGUGAGAGAUGUAUCUCAAGAAAUAUUUUAAUUCAAGUCUUGUAUUUAAACUGGUAAAUUGAAAUGUUGUUGCAAUCAAGCUUUAUAUCGAGGCUUUUCUCCCUUGCACUUAACAUAAUAAGCUAUUUUUGGCAUUGUGUUACCAUCCGCUUAUUUUGUAUAUCAAAUGUUGUUUUUUUGUUUUGUUACCCCCUCUUGCCGGGGAGUGAAGAUAAACAGAUACGUAAAGGUA